UUGCUCUGUUGCCCAGCUGAUGACUGGGAUGAGUUGAUGCGUAGAUCAAUGUAUACGUUAUAUAAUUAGACAACGAAGCGAUGUUAUUUCGAAAAAAAAUAUUAAUAAACUCGUCACCGACAAAUCGUACAGUGAUGUUUCGUGAGCGAUAGUGUAAGACAGACAACAAAUUUUUCGCGACACGCGGAAAAUGCAGGAUCGUAGAUUAUUACGAUUCUGACAAAAACUUCAUUUUUUAACCUACAAAAAUGUUUGUAAUAAUACUCAGUGCUGCGAUAUGUUUGACAUCGAGAGUUCUAGCGUCCGAUUGUUACUCGGACAUCUGUCACAAGGGUACGGAACUCCAAGCCCCAGGACAGCAAUGUUUGUACACACCGAUUCAAAGAGGCAAAGCAAAGUAUUAUCUUACAGACUGCGUCAAUCUGCGUUUUGAAAACUUGGGCUUCGCACCUGCGGGCAGUGAAUCCCUAGGGAAAUUUAGACUUUCCACUUAUGUCAAAGAUUUUGGCAAAUUUCAAGGAAGAACUACAGCAUUCAAUCUUUCUAUUAGUGACAUCGCAUUCAACAGGUUAAUUGCGAGAUAUCAAGAUGCAAGUAAUUAUCGUCAUGCCGAUUGCUUUGAAAUCGAUAUUCAUCCCAAAAACGAGGAAACUCUUUUUCCUGAAAUAUUUUUUUCUUGUCCAUUUGCGGAAGAAACAUUUGAAGCAACUCCCUACCGCUUGCAAUACUUAGUAGUUGGCAAAGAUUUUGAGUACAGUCGAAAAUUGGUUUUCGUUGUACCAAGACAUAUGGAAAUUGAUGAAAGUAUCAAUGAUGUGAGGACGUUUAAACCAUUUUUCUACAUUGAUGUAUCCAACCCGGGAUCACUGUUAUUGCACAUUCAACCGUUGCCAGAAGAAUUUAAUGUCACCGAUUACAAAGUAUGGAUGAUAAAUAAUCAUACAAACAGUGAAGUCAGUUUGGAAUUGAAACACAAUGGAGAAGAAGAGAUUCGUUAUAACUUCACUGUCGUUGACGGUGUUCAUUAUUUUAAAGUAGCGGCUGUGCAUCCUUUCUGUGGAAAAGAAGGUUGUGUCAAUAGCACAUCACCCGCGAUAAGUACAAAACAAUCCGCUCGUCGUUUAGUCUUAAUGAUAAUCAGCGUCGUAUGGAUUCCACCUGCAAUUCUUUACGCCAUGUAUUACGCUUACAAAUUAUACAUGAAAAAUUCACUCGCUAAACAACAAUACCGGAGAACUAAUUGUCUUCUGGUAUAUUCGCCCACUCAUACGGCCCAUAUCGACGUCAUGCAAAAAUUGGCUUUGUACAUGAGAAGUUGUAAUAUUAACGCCAUGAUUGAUAUGCUCGAUAUUCCUAAAACUGCCAAUAAGGAUCCCGGCCUCUGGUGUAACUCAGCAUUUCGAGAUGCCGAUGUGAUCGUCAUAGCAACGUCUCCACCGUCCGGAGGCAAAGUAGUGCCCCACAUUUAUCGGAACGUUGACAAUCAUGCAUUGCGUUUACUAAAAGAGAAUUAUCCGAGACGAAAUAAGCGAUAUUUCGUCGUACAAUUUCCUUAUUGCAAACGUGAUGAUUUGCCUGAAGAGGCAAGACUUAUGAGGCGUUUUGAAAUGCCCGGAGAGCUGGAAAAAUUCGUGAGGAAUAUUUACGCUGUUGAUCGUAUACGUUUGUUCGGAGUUUCGGGCGUCGAAUUUGCCGAGGCUAUCAAAGUCGCAAUGGUCCAAAUACCGAGAGAUUGUUCCGAAAAAUCGACACUUUGCGAAGAAAUUGGUCCCCAAACCGAAGACACUCUUUCAACCGUGCUUUUACCCUCGGAAUUACCUUCAAAAAUGCUCCUCGAGCCUAAUAAAAACGAAAAAAUUCGAGAGAAACAAAGUGGCGAAGAAAGCUACUAUGUGAUCAAUAUUGACGAGCUCAAUUUACUCGGUGACAAGGGUGAGAGUGAGACUUUAUUUUACACACCGCCAAAUACUACUGAUGAAUUCCGAAUUGAUCAGUUGAAUUUAUAAAACAUUAAAAAAAAAAAUAGUUUUUAGCAAUAUUUUAUAAGCAAAUAUUUUUAUAAUGCGUGUUUAACACUUGACUGAAGAAUAAUAUUCUAAAGGCUAUGGACAGAAA